AAAAAACUCGUGAGGACGAAUGCGUUAUCGUCUUCCUUCCGCCGUUCCGCGUCUUUAUAUCUGCUGGCUCUGCUCCUCGUGUUCGAAAAGUACAAAAACAACCGCAAUCCGCAAUCGCGCAGGGACACCGAUGGCAGGCUCCGGCGAAAGCGCGAGAACUUCGGCGCCGUCGCCUCCCGGGCCGCCCCCCGGGUUCGGCGAGGGCGCCCCGCCGGACAACGCUCUGCACGCCCUGGGCUUCGAGUACACCCGCAUCACCGGGACCGAGGUCCUCGGCCGCCUCGCCGUCACCGAGACCUGCUGCCAGCCCUUCAAGAUCCUCAACGGCGGCGUCUCGGCGCUGAUGGCGGAGUCAACGGCGAGCAUCGGCGGGUACAUGGCGUCCGGGUACCGGAGGGUGGCCGGCGUGCAGCUCUCCAUCAACCACCUCAAGCCGGCGCGCCUCGGCGACCGCAUCGAGGCCAAGGCGAACCCCAUCCAGGUCGGCCGCAACGUCCAGGUUUGGGAGGUCCAGAUAUGGCUGUUGGAUCCGUCCACAUCGGAGCACAAAGAUUUGGUAUCAUCAGCAAGGGUUACCCUGCUAACCAACUUGUCAACGCCAGAGGAAAUGAAGAGCUAUGAGAAGGGCAUCAAGAAAUAUGCAAAGCUUUAGGAACCGUAAUAUGUUAAGCGCAAUAUAUUGCAGUCCAACAAAAAUUAAGUAUAUAAGUUGAUAUCCAAAUCACUAGAUCAAGAAUGUAUCACUUGCAAUUUUUUGCAAAUGUCCAGGACUACCGUGACAAGCAUGUAUCACUUGAUCAAGAAUUUUAGUCGGGAAGUGAUGAUAAUCCAAGUAAGAAUUCAGAUA